CGAUUAAAAGGUAUCAAGGACAAAAAGAAAUCGAGGAGGCAAGAACGACAAAGGAUCUAAUUCCCAUCGCCGACCGUUUCAAACAUAAAUGCAGCAUCAAAUGAAAUGAAACAAUAAUAAUAAAAAAAGUAGAAGAAUUCUUUUCGGUUGAUAAGUGGGAAGAGUGGUGGAAUUAACAGUUGUUGAAUGGUCGCAUUCAGCUCUUCCCAACUGCAGCCCGACAAACCCAAUUAACCCGACGAAAAAGAAGAAAUUUUGAUAAGCAAAUUGAGAUGAAACAGAUCAUAGAUCUCAGCUCUAUGCUGUUUCUCUCAUGUUCCUUUUCUCUUCUCUUCAUUCCUGGAUUGGCAGACACAUCGAAUUCUUCUAACCAGAACAAUUCGAGCAAGAAGUCGUCUGGAAGCUCCACGUGGUUGGAAGUCCUCCUCAUAUGCCUCGGUCUUGUAGCCGUUGGGGCGUUUUCUGUCUUCUUAUUCAAGCUGUGGCAGAGAAAGAAGCGAGAGGAGCAGCAUGCCCGCCUCCUGAGGCUCUUUGAGCAGGAUGAUGAGCUUGAAGUGGAACUUGGCAUCCGGGAUUAAGCUUCGAUUCUUCCUCCUAGGUAUCGGGUGGAUCUGAAAACGAUCACGUUCAUCGUUCUACCUCGCCUUUUUACACUUGAACAUAGUGAUUCAUCUUGAUCUUGAUUCUUGAGGUGUGAUUGUCAAAUAAUAAGGUUUGUAGUUUCUCAUUUUGAUAUUUAUGUAGUGAUUUGUUGUUAGCCACUCUGCUAUGAUUUUCAAAGUUGCAUAGAGAAUUGUUUGGAAUUUCCUUAUGUUGGUAGCCCACCUGUGUGUUGGUUUGUGAAAUGAAAUGGAGUACGAGAUUAUAGGUGGAA